AGCUGGCAGCUCAGGUCCUGGAGCCCAGGAGCAUUGGCUUCGGGAUGGUGGACUCCAAGAAGGAUGCCAAACUAGCCAAAAAGUUAGGUUUGGUUGAAGAGGGAAGUCUCUAUGUAUUUAAGGAGGAGCGGUUGAUUGAAUUUGAUGGGGAACUGGCCACGGAUGUCUUGGUGGAAUUCCUCUUGGAUCUGCUAGAAGACCCUGUGGAGAUCAUAAACAACAAGCUGGAGCUUCAGGCCUUUGACCAAAUCGACGAGGAAAUCAAACUUAUCGGUUACUUCAAAGGAGAAGACUCUGAACAUUACAAGGCAUUUGAAGAAGCCGCUGAACACUUCCAGCCGUACAUCAAGUUCUUUGCCACCUUCGACAAAGGGGUUGCCAAGAAGCUAGGUCUGAAGAUGAACGAGGUGGACUUCUAUGAACCAUUUAUGGAUGAGCCUGUUCACAUCCCUGAUAAGCCUUACACAGAAGAGGAGCUGGUUGAAUUUGUGAAGGAGCACAAAAGGGCCACCUUGCGGAAGCUGCGCCCAGAGGACAUGUUUGAGACGUGGGUAAGCAUGUGUGGGUAGGAAGCCUU